AGAUUGUGACUCGAUAACGUUCAGAUGAGCCAGUUUCAUUAGAUCGUUCGUGGUUUUAGUUCGAGUUACGGAAUAACAAUAAAAAAAACAAUGACGGGUCUUGGUGAAGGAAGUGGAGCUGCUGCUGUGCAGAAAUUCGAGAAUCAUAUGAAUAUUAUCAAAUAUACCAUGCUGUUCACCAAUGCGUUCGAAGUGGUUCUCGGAGUUUGCAUACUCAUCUUUUGUUUCUGGUUGAGAUUCGAAGAUGGAGUGUACGAAUGGCUAGACAAAUUAGAUGCGCUGUCCUUUUAUGUCGGAGUGUACAUCCUGAUCUUUGCAGCUUUGAUCAUAAUUGGAGUGGCGGUAUUUGGCUGCAUAACAGCCAUGGCUGAGAACCAGUUCUUCCUACUAUUGUACAUCGCAAUACAAGUAUUGGCAUUUCUGUUCGGUCUGAUUGGAGCAACAAUUCUGUUGGGGAACAGCGCAAGAGACUCCAGUUUCCAGCCUAUGGUGAGAGAGAGCAUGAGAAAUUUAAUUAUGCAUGCAAACUAUGAACCUGCAAGACAGAGUUUGCAAAUCAUACAGGAAACGAUUGGUUGCUGUGGAGCAGAUGGUGCACGAGAUUAUUUGAACCUGCAGCAGCCAUUGCCUAACGAAUGCAGGGACACAGUAACCGGAAAUCCCUUCUUUCAUGGUUGCGUUGCGGAACUGACGUGGUUCUUCGAGAGCAAAUGUAAUUGGGUCGCUGGCAUUGUUCUGACAGUCUGCUUCUUCCAUGUUAUCAACAUUGUGUUCUCCGUCAUUUUCAUCCAAGGAAUGAAGAAAGAACAGAGGUCUUAUUAUUAAUUCGAAGCAGUGUAAAACUUUUUCACUAUGUAAUAUAUAAGUGUUUUUGUAUUUCUAUUUUAAUCGAAAAUAAAUGAGGAUUUCUUUCUAUAAAUUCA